AUGGCAAACGUCGUCAUGGUCAGAAAGACAAAUGGAAAAUGGUGGAUCUCCGUUGACUACAUCAACAUGAACAAAGCAUGUCCAAAAUACACUUUCCUCCUGCCAAAUAUUGACGGCCUGGUAGACGCUACUUUUGGGCACCAAUACCUCAGCUUCAUGGAUGCAUAUUUUGGAUACAACAAGAUAGCCAUGCAUAAACCCAACAAGGAGAAAAUAGGCUUCAUUACUCUUGAAGAAACGUACUGCUACACAGUCAUGCGGAUCAAACUAAAAAAUUCAGGGGCCACGUACCAAAGACUCAUGAUAAAGAUCUUCAAAAAUCUCACGGGGAUAAAGCUUAAGGUAUACAUAGACAAUAUACUCGCAAAAAUAGAAGCAGGAGAGGACCUAACUGAUGACCUCCAAAUCAUAUUUGAAACCCUUAGGAAACAUCAAAUGUGA